AUGAAUGGCACCACUGUGGUCGAGUUCUUUUUGCUGGGUUUUUCCCAAUUCCCAGUCCUUCAGGGGUUGGUCUUUUGGCUUUGCCUUUUAAUAUACCUGAUAGUCCUGCUGGGCAAUAGCUUCCUCAUUGUCAUUACCAUCGUGGAUUCCCGCCUUCACACCCCCAUGUACUUCUUUCUCAGAAACCUCUCUUUCCUGGACAUCUGUUACACAUCCUCCUCUAUUCCUCAAAUUCUGGUCAUUUUUAUAUCGAAGAGAAAAUCGAUUUCAUUCAUCGGCUGUGCACUACAGAUGUUUAUGUCCCUUGGCUUGGGGUCAACUGAAUGUAUACUCUUGGCAAUGAUGGCAUAUGACCGCUUCGUGGCCAUUUCCAGUCCCCUGCAAUACCCCGUCAUCAUGAACAAGGUUGUAUACAUGCAGAUGGCAUCCUGGUCCUGGAUUUUAGGCUGUUUAAACUCCCUAGUCCAAACUAGUCUUGUAAUGAUUUUGCCUUUCUGUGGAAAUCACACCAUCGAUCAUCUUACAUGUGAAAUCCUGGCAGUUCUGAAGCUUGUAUGUGCUGACAUCUCCCUCAAUGUAAAAAUCAUGACGUUGGCAUGUGUAAUUUUAUUGAUCGUACCAGUGCUGUUAAUUUUCAUCUCUUACAUUUUCAUCCUCUCCACCAUCCUGAGAAUGAAGUCUGCAGAGGGGAGGCUCAAAGCUUUUUCCACCUGCUCAGCCCACUUGACCGUGGUGAUCUUAUUCUAUGGUUCUGCUCUUUUCACCUACAUGAAGCCCAAGUCGAAAGACACACAGACUUUGGAUGAAUUAAUUGGAUUGUCCUAUGGAGUGGUGAAUCCCAUGCUGAAUCCCAUCAUCUACAGUCUGAGGAACAAGGAGGUUAAAGAAGCCAUGAGAAAUGUGCUGAGCAGAAACCUGUUCCUUUGGAGAAGGUGA